AUGACAGAGGUCGCAAAGCCACUCUUCUUUAGCGAUCUCCCCCCCGAGAAGCAAGAUGAAGCUUGGAAGCUGGUCCUAGGAAGUCAAAGCCAGAAGAGUCUUGGCCACGUAUCGGACUUUAUCAACUCUGACGUCACGGUUCCCAAGACAUAUAUUUUGUGCGAAAAGGAUCAGACUGUUCCUCCAGAGUUACAGGAGAUGCUUAUUCAGGCUGGGGGUUUUGAGAAGGUAGAGAAGCUGUCGUCAGGUCAUUUUCCGUUUGUGAGCAUUCCUCAAGAGACGGCCGAGCUAUUUGCACAAAUUGCCCUGAGAUGA